AUGAGGGUCGGUGAAACCCUUCGGAGUUACGCCAGCCGGUACUGGGAACUCUACAACGAGAUCGAUGGAGGAAAUGAGAAGAUAGCGGCAAGCACCUUCAGGAUAGGGCUCCCCAAAGAUUCUGAAUUACGGGAGUCGUUGACGAAAAGACCUCUCGAGGAUAUGAGGCAACUUAUGAGGCGCAUUGAGGAGUAUAAACGCCUGGAAGAUGAUCGGCUACAAAAUAAGGGGAAAGCCCCAUUACUAGGGAGAUCUCGGCAGGGCGUUAUCCCGACAAGACCAAAAAAAGAUUUCAGGAUGCAAGAACCAAAGGCGCAAAUUGAGGGAGUUAUUGUGGCGUUCAAAGAACCUAUGCACAAAAUUCUAGAUCGGAUUAAGAAUGAAUCAUUCUUCAGUGGACUCCGCAAACCGGGAUACCGGCCAGGGUGUUCAGCAAAAAAGGAAUCCCCUCCCACCACCGCUGGGAGUGAUCGAAGUCAUCCACGCUGCCCCAAGGGUACAGCAGCAGCUAAAGGGGUACUGACAGUGGCUUGCACGGAAGGAGAAUCACCCGAGAAGAGGAUGAAAGUUGGUUGGCUAACCAUCUCUUUCGGUGAAGAAGACUUAGAAGGGACGAUCCAACCUCAUGAUGAUGCGUUGGUAGUAACAGCUCGGAUAAGCGGGUUCUUGGUAAAAAGAGUGAUGAUAGACCAAGGAAGCGGAGUCGAUGUGAUGUACCUGGAUCUGUUCGAAGGGCUCGGAUUGAAGAGUCAGGACUUAGCGAAGUAUAACACGCCACUGGUCUCGUUUGACGGAAGGGUCGUGGUUCCCGAAGGGCAAAUUUCUCUCUCGGUGGACAUGGAAGGCAAGGAAGUAAUAGUGACCUUCAUAGUAGUCCGGUCAUUCUCACCGUACACUGCAAUCUUGGGAAGGCCGUGGAUCCACGCAAUGAAGGCCGUUCCGUCCACCCUGCACGUGAAAGUGAAAUUUCCCACCAAGUAUGGAGUCGUCGUGGUGCGAGGGAACCAACGAGUGGCUAGGCAGUGUCUGGUCGCCACGGUCAGAUGGAAGAGCGAACAGCUUGGACAAGCGGGGGAGACCGAAAAAGAAACUUUAUAG